AGAGGCGAAGGAGCUGCCCCAGAGAAUCCCUUCUCUUUAAAGCCUCUCUACAAUCACUAGUGGGAGCUGGAGAGGGCAAGCAAAAGCAAAUCGAGCAGAUCCGGCUGCGGGAGCGGAGACCAGUGGCUUGGAGAGCCUUCAGGGGAAGCGAGAAGCGGUGCGAAGAGAGGCCGCCGUAGCUCACAGGGGAGAAGCUUCAGCCGGCGCAAGGGGCGGGGCGGGGGUCGGACGACGCUCUCCCGGCUCGGGAAGGGAAGCCCGGCGAGACUGCAGACUGCUAGGAUCCUGACUCCGGUGCUGCAGGACUUGGCGAGACAUAAUCCCAUUUCUUUGCUGUACCAAAUUCACAAAAAAGAAAUACGUCUUCCAUCUUGGAAAAGGUUUAACCUGCCUUUGGAUGGUGAAUCAUAGCAGUCUUGUUCCAAUGACAAAGGAGAAUCCCGGGGUAAAAGAAGGAUUUUAAAGGAAUAAGCCCCAUUGAACUUAAUGGGACCUACAUAUUAGGAGUGGUUGUAAAGGCACCUUCGGCACCAAACUAUUUACAACACCUUUGAGCUGCUUCUCUCUGCUGGGCAAGACAUUGUAUGUUUUCGGGCAGAAUUACAAAUUACAAGGAAGAUGGAGAUGAUGCUGACACUGGUAUCCCCAAGACAAUUUCUUCUCGGAUCCCUGGCUUUGCUGGCAAGACUCAUCCGAUGAUCUGAGAAAAGGGGGAGCAGAAGGCUGGAAGUGAAAGAAGGAAAGGAAAGAAACGGGAGAUUUAAACCACAAGCAAAUCAGUCUUUCUGUUGCUUUUGCAAUGAACUGGCUGGAAGAACCAAACUGGCAGUUUCACGUUUCCCUGCUCAUGCUGCUUUCAAUGCACACCAGGGCAAACUUCCUAGACAGCAGGCCCUUGAGGAGUUCCGGGAAAGUGAACAUGGAAACCAGGAAGGAAGAUAGUGGGAGCACAGCAGCUGCUCCUCCCCAGAAGAAGCUGUUUUGUUAUUGCCAUCACUACUGUCCUGAAGAGUCAAAAAACAACACCUGCAGUACUGAUGGCUUUUGUUUUGCCAUGGUAGAAGAUGAGGACUCUGGAGGGCAGACUUUCACCACGGGCUGUAUAGGGUUAGAGGGUUCUGACUUCCAGUGUCGGGACACUCCACUGUCCCAGCCAAGAAGAUUAAUCGAAUGCUGCACAGACCAGGAUUACUGUAACAAAGAUCUUCACCCUACAUUGCCACCACUGAUAAAAGGAGGUUUGGCAGAAGGAAGUAUACACCACAAGGCCCUACUCAUUUCAGUAACUGUCUGUAGUGUACUUCUAGUGCUUAUCAUCAUAUUCUGUUACUUCAGGUAUAAAAGGCAAGAAAGCAGACCCCGGUACAGUAUCGGGCUUGAACAAGACGAGACUUACAUUCCACCUGGAGAAUCCUUGAAAGACCUUAUUGAACAGUCUCAGAGCUCAGGAAGUGGUUCUGGGCUCCCUCUUCUGGUGCAAAGGACUAUAGCAAAGCAGAUUCAGAUGGUGAAGCAGAUUGGUAAAGGUCGCUAUGGAGAGGUCUGGAUGGGGAAGUGGCGAGGAGAAAAGGUGGCUGUCAAAGUAUUCUUCACCACGGAGGAAGCCAGUUGGUUCCGAGAGACGGAAAUCUAUCAGACAGUUCUGAUGAGGCAUGAAAACAUUUUGGGAUUCAUUGCUGCGGACAUUAAAGGUACAGGGUCUUGGACUCAGCUGUAUCUUAUCACGGACUACCAUGAGAAUGGAUCCCUGUAUGACUACCUGAAAUCUACUACCUUGGAUACGAAAGCCAUGCUAAAGUUGGCAUAUUCCUCUGUCAGUGGGUUGUGCCAUUUGCACACUGAAAUUUUCAGCACUCAAGGCAAACCAGCAAUUGCCCACCGGGACCUCAAAAGUAAAAACAUUCUGGUGAAAAAAAAUGGAACUUGCUGUAUAGCAGACCUGGGUUUGGCAGUUAAAUUUAUUAGUGAUACAAAUGAGGUGGAUAUACCUGCAAACACCAGAGUAGGUACAAAGCGCUACAUGCCUCCUGAGGUCCUGGAUGAAAGCUUGAAUCGGAAUCACUUCCAGUCAUAUAUCAUGGCUGAUAUGUACAGCUUUGGGCUCAUCCUUUGGGAAAUAGCAAGGAGAUGUGUUUCAGGAGGUAUAGUUGAAGAAUAUCAGCUUCCAUACCAUGACCUUGUGCCCAGUGACCCCUCCUAUGAAGACAUGAGGGAAAUAGUAUGUCUCAAGAAAUUACGGCCCUCAUUUCCCAACAGGUGGAGCAGUGAUGAGUGCCUAAGACAAAUGGGCAAACUCAUGACAGAGUGCUGGGCUCACAACCCCGCUUCUCGGCUCACAGCUCUGCGUGUAAAGAAAACACUUGCCAAAAUGUCAGAGUCACAGGACAUUAAACUCUGAUUCAGCUGACAAAAGGCACCUCUUUGCUUAAGCUCAGAAAAAUGGACUUUCCUUUAUGUUUCAAAGAGACAGGAAGAGGAAUUGCAAAUCCUUCACAAAUAUAAACCUUGAACGCACACUGCACACUGGUGCAAAAACCUUUCCAGGAGGACACGUGGCUCAAUCAAGCACAUUUGGCUCCUCUGCUACCAGAUGAGAAGACCUUUGGCCUCUUUUGGAAGUGGUGGGAGAAACAGAAUCGAUAACUGCUUCAAGAUUGUGCAUGCUGCUUUCUAUGAAAGCCCCUAUUAUUAUUAUUAUUUGGACUGUUUAAUUUUCAUAAAAAUGAGCCUUUGCAAAUACAAAGUACAAGAAAAGAAUUAUAUUGUUGCUCUGAAGGGGGAAGAGUGAAACAAAGUUGCAUCUGAAGAAUAAAAGUGGCUAUUAUUUCCUGUUGAUAGAAAAGACUGUUGCACUCCAAGACAACCCACUAUGUUGUGAAAUGAUAGGAAAAAAGAAUAGAAAUAUAAGUUAUCAUCUGGGCAUGUUUGAUUUUUGGCAUCUGAUAUGAAGGCUGCAUUCCUGGUGGAAAUCACUUAAACUCCUGCCAAACUGUUCCUUGCACACAAAAGGCACAAUUCUCCCUGAGUAUCCCUUACAUAAGCCCUCCCAUUUCAGGUUAAAGGGAUUUCCUUAAGGAACCUGAAAUGUGAAAAAACAAGGAAGAAAGGUCAAAACAAACCAACUCAAAUAAUACCGAGCUCCUUUUGCCAUUAACGGCAGCGGUGAGGAACCUGUGGCCUUCUGGAUUUUGUUGGACUCCAACUCCCAACAGCCACAGCCAGGAUAGUCAAAGGUGAGGGAUGAUGGAAGUUGAAGUUCAGCAACAUCCAGAAAGCUGCAGGUUCCCCACCUAUAAUUUAUGAUUUGGGGCAUUUUCCAGAAACAGUAGGCUCUGUCCAAAGCCAUUGGGUUUUACUCAAAAUAGACCCAAUUAAAUUAAUGGUCCUAACAUAGUCAUUAAUUUCAGUGAAUACAAGCCUUAGGGCAGUCUUCCUCAACCUCGUGCCCUCCAGAUGUUUUGGACUACAGCUUCCCUCCGCUCCAGCCAGCAUAAUCAUUCAUUUAAUGUGGGAAUGGGAAACUUGUGGCCCUCCCGAUGUUUGACUACAAUUCCCAUCAUCCCUGAAGGAAGGACAAUACUGGCUGGGGCUCAUGGGAGUUGGAGUUGAACAACAUCUGGGGGGGGUACAUUUUCUCCAUCCCUGAUUUAAUAGGGAUGCUCCUGGAGAAUUGUGCAUUCUAUUAUUUGUGGGGUUUUUCCUGGCUUUUUACACUCAAAACAAUAAUUUUGAAAUUAAUGUGAAUUAGAGUUUGGUAAAAUAUGGAAUUACACUUACUAACUUUUAAUUUACCAGCAAAGUCCCUGAUCAAUGGAGCCUCUGUCCAAGUUGCAUUUACAACCCUUUUUCCUUAAGAUAAUUAAGAAAAUGAAGAAUAUUGACCUGUAUUUGAGAUGUAUCUGGAAAUGGUAAGUUAUAAUGGAAGGGUAAAAGAAAACUAUCUUUCAGAAAACUUUAAAUCCAUGAAGGUGAGCAUUGUUUUGAAAAAGAGGGCUUAUUUUAUGUGAACUUUAAAAAUAUAAUUUCCUUUACUGUAGAGAAGAAAUUGAGAAAGUUUGUGAAGAGAGUUUUAUGCAUUGGAUUAUUUGGCUAGAUGAUUCAUUCUGCUGUUGCCCAAAUUUGAAGAAGUCCCACAGAGCCAAGGGAGCAGAACAUUUUCUUUUUAUUAUUACUUAAAAAAAAACAACCGGUGAAGUAUUGAAUCCUCAGUUUUUCCCCUCUGCAAUUCUGGUCAAAGCAUCAAGACAAUGUUUUUGUUUUUAUUAAUGUUUUAAGCUCAGCUAGAGAGAAUUGUUAGGUUUUGUGUACACACAAGGAGUUUUGGGGCUCUUCUGUUUCCCAAAAAGACAGUUGCCAGGCCCUCCAAAAUUUGACAAAGUUUCAUGUGCAUCCAAAACAGGUGUAUGUGCACCACAUGGGCACUUUCAGUUCUGUCCUUCCUCUAGAAUCUUCCCUGGAUCUCCUGAAUUUGUGCUUUCUCAGGCCUCAUCUACACUAUACAUUUAAGUAUUACACCACUUUAAACAGCCAUGGUUUCCCCCAAAGGAACUGUAGUUUGUUAAAGGUCCCGACAGUUGUUAGGAGACCCCUAUUCCCCCCACAGAGCUACAGUUCUCAGAGUGGUUUAACAGUCCUCUUGCCAGGGUACUCUGGGAACUGUAGCUCUGUAAGGGGGACAGGGGUUUCCUAAAAACUCUCAGCACCUUAACAAACUGCAGUUCCUGGGAUUGUUUAAACAGGCUGUAACUAUUUAAAGUGGCAUCAUACUGGUUUAAAUGUAUAGUGUAGAUGGAGCCUUAGAGCUACUACAUUGUUGUUGUUUUAAAGCAAUACAUUUAAAAAUAAUAGAACUAUAAAUGGGGUAAUAUAUAUAUAAUUUGUAGCGUCACAGCUAACAAAAUAUGCAUUGCAGCUAAAAUUAGAAAUUUUUGUUGCACACAUAUAUCCUUCAUAGAGAAUUUUUAGACAAAACUCUGUAACUCUCAAUAGAAUUUUGACCAUGAAGCUGUGUGGUACUGGGUUGUUUCUCACCUUUGAAAAUUAAUUGUAGAUUUGAAGAGCUGAGUGUUUGUGCCCCUAGAGGGCACUGUGCACCUUUGGAUUCUCAGAGCAAUGGGGUCAGUAGUCAUUGUAAGCUGAAAUAACACUGCUCCCUCUUCAUUAAAAUAGGCUAGAUUCCACAGAUAGAACAAUCAGGCUUCCCUCUCUGCAAGGUUCAUAUAUGUAAGAACUUUAAAACAAUGUGGAAAGAGCAUACUGUGUGCAGUUAAUAAUUUGGUGCAAAAUAUUGCAGCUGGAGGAGAUUGACUAAUAGUUUAAAGUCAUGAACCUGAGAGAGAAAUACCAAUGGAGAGAUAUAUACCCUCGUAGAUGUAAAUGUUUAAGACAUAAAAAUUUAAGAAGAGUGCCCCAGAGGCCAGAGAAUGUGUUGGCAAGUGGGAGCCCAUCUCCCUGCCACCACGGAAACCACCAACACCCUGGCUGAACUGCUGUUGGAGUUCUGACCUUGUUAGGCCAAAAAGGGAGCAUGCUGGGGGUGGCUGGGGAUGUUCCAGGAAAGGACCAUGAAACAGCUUGGAACUGAAGAAUCCAAAGCCAUCUCAGCCACUUUGAGACACACAGAAACUGAGCAGAGAUACAGAUCCACUCAGGAGCUAAUCUAAAAUUCUUCCUCUGAUUCCUUCCCUUGGAAUCAGAAAAGCGUUGUUUUUUAAAUUUGAAAAAAGUUGUAAAAGAGUGUUCCUCCUCCCUCACUUCUGCCAUACCUGUAAGGUUUGGGAUAAGAUGGCUCAGCCGCCUUUGGUUUCUCCCUAUCACCACCACCACCUUAAGACUGCAGCCUAAGAGGACAGUUUUGGUUAAUACGAAAGAAUUUCUGCCGUUGAUCCCUCUGGUAGUAAACCCUCCACAUACUUCAAAACUUGAAUAGGCUUACUACUGCAUUCAGUAAGCAUGGGUGAUUCUCAUUGAUUUGGGGUAAUUUAUUCUGAAAGCAAUUUGACUUUGAAGCCAUUAGUUGUUUUUACAUGAACAUUUCUGUUCCAAAGCAGAGUCAAUCAUGCACAAACCUGGUUUCUUCCAAAGCUGUCCUCUUCUUUCUCUUGGGUGCCUUGUGUCUUGACAGCUGGCAUCACAAAUCACCUCUGCCUUGACUGGUGAUUAGCUAAUGGGAGUUGAGAAUGCAUAGCACUAAAGAGUUUAUGACAUGGCUGGGACCAAGAAGGGGGGAAAGCCCAUUUAAACUCUCACUGUAUUAUAAAUGAGAGUCCACAGGUUCUCCCUUCACAUACCAUCUCAAAAAAAUUACUGUGUAUAAUAUAUAAACUCAGUUUAAUAUUGAAGGCCAUAUUCUAACCCAUGAUGUUGCUGUAACCAACUGCACUUUCAUUUGAAUCGAUGAAGUUGCCCUGAUACCCACUAGCACAACCUGACAAUAGGAAUUUGUUGAAGCUGGGGUUUCCCAACAGAAAUAGAACGCAAUGGGCAGAAUCCAAUUGGCCUUCCUAGUGCUGUUUCCCCAAUGGAGGUGUCCACUGAUAGAGAAGGGGUGUAUUUUUGCAUGUUCCCUCUCUUCCCUGCAUCCCCCAGCACCACCACCCAAUGUUCUGGAAGGUUAAGAGUCCUCCAGAACAGUUUUUUGGGGUGCUGGGGGCUGCAGACAAGGCAGGGAAUUAGCAAAAUGGCCUCUUCCAUAAGUAGAUUGGAACCUCCCAUUGGAUUAAACACCCAUGCUCUUGUGCAAAGGCACUAGUUAGAUGAAGCCCAAUGGAAAUAACAAGAGUUGCUUAAAUAAAAAUAAACGAAUUAUUAAAUGUUCUGAGGGAGGAAUGGGGAAGCUGUGGCCCAAUCAGAUGUUGUUAGGCUAUAACUCCCAUAAACCCCAGUAAGUAUAGACAAUGGUCAGAUAUGAUGGGAAAUGUAAUUCAGCAAUAUCUGGAGGACCAUAGGUUCCCCAUCCCUGCUCUGAGGUAAAUUAAAAAUCACACGAUGGGUACAAGUCUAUAUUGCCAUGUCCCGUCCUCUGCAAUGUGCAUCCCCAUUUAUAUUUUGGGAAGUUUUUCUUGCAUUUGACAAUUAUCAAAAUAACAAGAUCUGCUAAUCGUGGCAAAUUUAAAGAUGGUGUAGCCUGAGGAGAUCAUGUAAAUCAGAUCCCUGUGAGGAAAGCUGGAUAUUUUCUCUCAUACAAUAUUUGCAGCCAAGUCAUAGGAUCCUGAUAGUGUGACAAAAAUGUGGUUAGAUAGGUUAUGUGUGCAGCUCAGUCUGUGGUGAAGCAUUUGCCCAGUUCACAGCUUACGUUUGUGAUACUACUACCGUUCCCAAAAGUGAUUUAACAAGGGGAAAGAGGGAGAGUAUGAAUGUGCAGUGAGGCUAAUUUAAGAUUGCAGGAAACCAGUCAUAUUACAUCACUACAAGCUGAACAGCAACAUAUGGACCAAGGCAGUUCCCAUUAUUCAGCUCAGUGUCUUAACAUGUACUAUUUUUCCAACAAAAGGAGAAGCUACAGUAUAUUAAAAUAAAAUUUCCUCCUUUUCUUUACUUUUAGAACCCUAUCUUAUGUUUUAGGCCUUUUUUAACUUGAGGUUGACUCCACAGAAGACAUGAAGAGGAUUCUUUCACUAUGCCUCAAUAAAAAGGUCUUAGUAUUUUUGAGUUUCUGAAUUUCCAAAUAAUUUCAAAAUGCAAAGCUGUUCUUUUAUGGUUCUUGAAGGGAUUUUAAGAUGCCAGUUUUCAUAAGCCUAGUAUAAAAAUCUGUUCAGAAGUUCAGGUUUAUAUAUAUGUAUAUAUAUAUAUAUAUAAAUGUGUUUGUCUCAGAGAGUAUAUGUAUUUCAGUUGGGAAUUAGAAAAACUCCAUUAUGUGGAAUAAGAGUAAAAUAUUACAGAUGAUAAAGCACUAAAUGAAACAUUUAUUUAUGAAAACAUGUUGCUGACAAUUCAUAGUGACAGUGGAAUAUGAAAAAAGGAAACAUUAGCACUGGAAUGAAAAAGGGCAUAAUAACAUUUUUGUUGGCUUCAGUUUUACUACGAGACUUGAAGGGCCAUUCCCCCCCCCCAUCUCUUAUGUUAGCCCUUCUAAAAUCAAAUUCUGCAAUGUAGCUGUUCAAGAUGACAGAACACAUCCCUAGCCAAUGUUGCAAAUUGGUUUUAGCACUAAUAUUUGAUUUUUACCACAUAGUUAUUCACGAAGAUUGCCAAGUGGUAAUUGUCCUGUUCCAGUAGUGAAUUGAGCUGUGAACCUUAAAAAAUGAUGUCUUUGUUGGUCAUUAUUCUCAGAAUUCGCCGUAUCUGAGGCCUUCAAAUAUCUGUCAGAGUUAAUAGUUCAAUAUAAACACUAGUCGAGGGAGAAAUAACUUCUAACAGAAUUUUAAAAGGAGAACUUUUCAGGGAAAGAUGUACUAAAAUGUGUAGUUAAUGAGGUUAUCUUAAUGGCAGUGAUAUUGGGAAGAGAAGAGUUCAAGGAGAACAAUAAUCUGGCAACUGUUAGCCCUUUGCUGGCACAACACAAGCUAUUUCUUUUGAAGAAUGAUUGACAAUGUAAUUUUUUCUUGAUACUGAUUUGUGUUCUUUUUUGAGAACCAGUGCCUUAUUCAGUCUGUAAAUACUGUAAUUGUAAAAACAAGCCUGUGUUGCAAUUGUUCAAAAUGGUAUAUGUCUGUCUUCACAUUCCCUAAAUGUUUUCAGUGCCCUGUUUUAAAAAAAUACAAUUUCUUUUUAAAUAGUUUAGCUUGUUUGAAAUUCCCAGCAUUAUUUGGCACCCCCAGGUGUGUUGGCUAUGUCAGACUCUACAUUCCUUAUUAAA